AUGCCCCGCGCCGAAGCCGGCUCCCUCAAGUCGCUCAACAACAAAAUGAAAGCCAAGGGCCUCCAACGCCUGCGCUGGUACUGCCAAGUCUGCGAAAAACAGUGCCGCGACGAGAACGGGUUCAAAUGCCACACGCAGUCCGAGUCGCACGUCCGCCAGAUGCUCGUGAUCGGCGACAACGCCAAAAAGUUCAUCACAGACUACAGCACGCAGUUCCAGCGCGACUUUUUGCUGCUGCUCAGGACGAGCCACGGCGAGAAGAAGAUCAACGCGAACCACUUCUACCAGGAGUACAUCGCCAACAAGGAGCACGUGCACAUGAACGCGACGCGGUGGAUCUCGCUGAGCGAGUUUGUGAAGCACCUUGGGCGCGAGGGCGUGUGUCGGGUGGAGGAGGGGGAGAAGGGGCUGUUUGUCAGCUGGGUGGAUAGUGGUCCCGAGGCGAUGCAGCGGCAGGAGGCGAUUCAGCGGAAGGAGAGGCAGGACCGGGGCGACGAGGAGAGGGAGCAGCGCGCGAUUAGGGAGCAGGUGGAGAGGGCGAGGAGGGAUGCGGAGGUCGCGGGCAGGGACCUGGAGGGCGCGGAGGAGAGGGUGCUGAAGAGGGGGGAGGGCGAGAAGAUUAAGCUCUCGUUUGGCGCGCGGAAGGUCGAGCCGGCGGAAGCUGAGGUGAAGGACGAGCCCGAGAAGGUCACGGAGUAUACUACUGCUGCGCCGGAGACGAAGGCGGAGGCGCCCCCGCCGCAGCCGGCGAAGGUCUCGCUCAAGAUGGCGGCGAAUAAGCCGAAGAACGUCUUUGCGGCUAAAAAGAAGGACGCAAAGAAGGAGGCCAAGAAGGAGGCCACGGCAGCGCCAGAGAGGCCGAUGAGCGCUGCCGAACGCAUCAUGAGGGAGGAUAUGGCGCGCAAACGGCUCAGAGGCGGGCCGGGGCCUGAGGGGCCGAGAGAUACAAAGAGGCAGCGAGUUUAG